AUGGGAAGCCUGGGGGUCUGGGCGGUAGCUGUGGCCGCUCUGCUGGGAACAUCAGGGUGCUGGCUGGCUGAAGGGCACAAGGGCAGCAGACGAGACGCAGUGGAUAGAGCCACUAUGUCACGCAUCUUCUCCACCACCUCCCAGGAACCACACUCCAUGGAGAAGGGGAAAGCAGACGGGAACAUCGAUCAAUCCCUGUCCGACCCGAACGAAGACCCCUGUGAGAGGACCUACUGCGGACGAGGGCGGCAGUGCGUGCUGAUGGCAGAGACCGGCCGCGCCGAGUGCGUCUGCCAGGAGAAAUGCCGACCCUCCUUUGUGCCGGUGUGUGGCUCCGACGGCAGGUUCUUCGAGAACCACUGCGAGGUUUACCGCACCGCCUGCCUGGAGAGGAGACGCAUCUAUGUGGUGCACAGCAAGGACUGCUUCUUCAAAGUCAACGCCUGCACCAUGUCGGAGUACAACAGGCUGAAGAGCAUGCUUCUGGAUAUGCAGCCUAAAGUGCUGAGGACUGGAGAUCAGAGCCAGCAGAGAGACAUGGAUGGGAAGCGAGCAAUGGUGGACACCAUGUUCAAAUACCUGGAUGUGAACCAGGACGGCCGGCUGGUCGGUGAUGAGCUGGAAAAGAUCUCCAUGAAGGAGCACCUGGAGGACAGCUUGUUGGAGUGCACCAUGCAGGACCUGCUGCGCUACGACGACUAUAACAACGACGGCCAGCUCAGUCUGCACGAGUUCUACACGGCUUUCCAGGUCAUCCAGCUGAGCCUGGCAGAGGACCAGCACAUCAGCGUCUCCACGGUGACAGUGGGCCUCAGUGCCGUCCUCACCUGUGCCAUCCAGGGGACACUGCGUCCACCCAUCAUCUGGAAGAGGAACGGCAUCAUACUGAACUUCUUGGACCUGGAGGACAUCAAUGACUUUGGGGACGACGGCUCCCUGUACAUCACCAAGGUGACGACCAUCCACAUGGGAAACUACAGUUGCCAUGCCUACGGCUAUGAAGACGUCUAUCAGACACAUGUGCUGCAGGUGAAUGUCCCUCCAGUGAUCCUGGUCUAUCCCGAGACGCAGGCCCAGGAACCCGGCGUAUCUGCCAGCCUCCACUGCCACGCCGACGGCAUCCCAAAUCCCAAACUCCUCUGGCUGAAGAACGGCAUGGACUUGCAGCCAAGAUCCAGCAAACAGCUUUCUCUCAUAGCCAAUGGUAGCGAACUCUUCAUUGGCAGUGUUCGGUACGAGGACACUGGCGCCUACACGUGCAUCGCCAAGAAUGAAGUGGGAGUGGAUGAGGAUAUCUCGUCUCUGUUUGUGGAAGACUCGGCCAAGAAGACCCUUGCAAACAUUCUGUGGAGAGAAGAAGGUCUGAGUGUGGGGAACAUGUUCUACGUGUUUUCUGAUGAAGGCAUCACAGUUCUGCAGCCCAGUGAAUGUGAGAUACGAAGACACAUGAAGCGCUCGGAGAGGAUUGUUGCUACCUACGAGGAGAUGUGCCCUAAAGGUGAAGGGGUGUCACCUCAGCACUGCGUGUGGUCCUCAGCAGUCAACGUCAGGGAUAAGUACAUCUACGUGACGCAGCCCCUCCAGAGCCGACUGCUGGUCGUCGAUAUCCAGGCACAGAAGGUGGUGCAGGCAGUGGCAACAGAUGCUUUUCCAGUGAAGAUGCUCUAUGACAAAUCACAUGACCAGGUGUGGGUCCUGACAUGGGGGGACAUGGACAGAACACACCCAACACUUCAGGUAAUUCCUCAAGCCAGUGUUGGAGAAGUCCAUCGAGCCGUCCGCACAACUUUCCAGAGAGUCAAUGACUUCUUCAUUCCUCCAACCAACCUCAUCAUCACUCACGUUAGGUUUGCCUUUGUCUUCCUCAAAAAUGAACCUGCGGUACACAAGAUUGAUCUGGAGACCCUCCACCGCGUCAAGACCAUCAGCCUGAAGAACUACAGCUGCAUCCCCGUCAGCAUGGCCUACACGCAUCUGAGCGGCUUCUACUUUGUCCAAUGCCAGAGCAAGAGCAGCCUGCACGCCCCGCCCCAGCUUCUCAUCGACAGCGUGACGGACGCCGUGAUUGGUCCCAACUUGAACAUCACGGGGCAGCCCUUCGUGUCCCCGGACGGCCGCUACAUCGUGACAUCCGAUCCCGUGAGCUCUAAGCUGAUAGUUCAGACAGUGUCGUUCCAGGGGGAGCUGGCUCUGAACCAGGUAUUGGACGAGCCUGUAGCUGUCUCCGAUCUGGUCUUCCAGCCCUCCUUCACUGAGUCCAACCAGCACUUGGUGGUGGCUACUUCAGGCUCAGGCACGGACCUGCUAUUUGCCGAUCUGUCCUCGGGGCACGCUGAGGUUCUCCGGAGCCUGAAGGAGCCCCUGGCCCCUCAAGCCUGGCCCUGGGGCGUCCCCAACCGAGUGGUGGUCUCAAGCGGAUUGUUCGGACAGUAUCUGGUCACGCCAUCGGCCGAGUCCCUCUUUGUCCUGAACGGCAAACAGAGAACGCCACACUGCGAGGUGUCAGACAUCAAGAGAGGGAACACAGUUGUCUGGGUCGGCGAGGUAUGA